UGCACCAAUCUCUCCAGGUUCGGUUUGUUUCCUCCACUCAGAAGCACCAUGAACGCUCUGUGCCUUCUUUUCGUGUGCCUUUGUGCAGUGUACGCCCAGGCGUGUACCCACAACGGCGACUGUGCGCAUGACCAGUGUUGUUUCUUCGGCGUCUGCCAUGCCUCUCACCGUUGUCACGAGCUUUUGCAGCUCAAGCCGACUCUUUUCAAGCGGGCUGCGGACUGCAAACAUGACGACGACUGUCCUAACGGAGAAUGCUGUGAUUUCGACAAAUGCCACAGCUCACACUGCGGAUCAACAGCAGUGUCAUGUGACUCGGAUCGCCAGUGCCACGACACCCACUGCUGCCACAACCACUACUGCAAACACAGACAGCUGGGAUUCUGCCAUGGUUUCUUCCCCUUCCCGGGAAAGCGAGCAGCAGGCUGCAGACACGAUGGUGACUGUCCUAAUGGAGAAUGCUGUGAUUUCGGAAAAUGCCACAGCUCACACUGCGGCUCCCCCCAGGGCUGCGACUCGGACCGUCAGUGUCACGACACCCACUGCUGCCACAACGGCCACUGCACCCACCGAGACUUCGGCUUCUGUCAUCAUUUGUUCCCCUUUAUCCCUGUCUAAAUGGUCCAACAUGAAAAUAAAUAUGUGGUGACGACAACAACAGGUACAACAACAACAACAACAACAAAGAGUAAACCGAAAACAACCUCACUAUGAAGAUAGUCAAAUAAAACUCAUAAUAUACAACACUUGAA